GUGUUUUCGUUACGGCGAAUAGAGUUCAAGUUGCUUCUCUCUGUGAUUGACGAAUCGAGAGAGGGACCAAAACCAGCGUCUGCCUCCCCUGGUAUUCCGCAACAAAACCACUUCGGUUUUCCGGAGACCCAAACUACUCACAGCAAAACCUUGAGCCGGAGGGUUAAAGGUCGUAUCUUGGAGUUGAUUCCAGCUGCUGCGUCUGGGGGUUAAAGAUCCGAUCUUGCAGUUGAUUGCCGCUGCUGCUUUUGGGGUUCUAUCUGGGUUCUUGAUUUCACUGCUAUGAGAAGCAAAUUGUUUCAAGAUGUUGUAUAGCUUGUCGGUCAAAUUACAACAACAGACGUUUUAAAGUUACAUAUGAAUGAAAAGAAGUGAGGUGUCAACUUGAAGAAACAGCAAUUGUUAGAUACUGCUAACAAUGUCAAUCUUGUCAAAGUUGCGUUGUAUCACCGUGGAUGUGACGGGUACUUUAAUAGCUUACAAAGGAGAACUUGGGGAUUAUUACUGCAUGGCAGCUAAAGCAGUAGGACUGCCCUGUCCUGAUUACAGACGCAUGCAUGAAGGCUUCAAAUCUGCAUACACAGACAUGGCAAAACAAUAUCCAUGUUUUGGACAUGCAGCAAAAAUGCCAAACAUUGACUGGUGGAGAUCAUGUGUGAAGGAUUCCUUCAUCAGGGCAGGCUAUGAAUAUGAUGAUGAGACAUUUGAGAAGGUUUUCAAGCGCAUAUACUCAUCAUUUGGAUCUUCGGCACCCUACUCUGUGUUUCUUGACUCUCAACCCUUCCUCAGAUGGGCACGCCAGAAAGGUCUGAUUGUUGGAAUUGUCAGCAACGCAGAGUAUCGAUAUCAAGAUGUCAUUCUUCCUGCCUUAGGACUCAAUAGGGGUUUAGAAUGGGACUUUGGUGUAUUCUCAGGCAUAGUGGGUGUUGAAAAACCAGACCCAAGGAUCUAUCAGAUUGCACUGGAGAAGGCCGGAAAUAUCAACCCAUCAGAAGCACUGCACAUCGGGGACAGUAUGCGCAAAGACUACCUUCCAGCCAGGAGUGUCGGUAUGCAUGCUUUGCUCUUGGAUAGAUUUAAGACAUCGGAUGCUGAGACCUGGAGAAAGUCCGGUGCCAUUGUGCUUCCUGAUCUUGUUGCUGCUCAGGAAUGGCUCACCAAGGAAGAAAACACUGCAGCCAUGCAACAAAACUAGAACCCAGUGAAAGAAAAAAAAAAUCUUUUCCUUUUCAUUUUCUUGUGUCUACCCGUUGGAUCGAAGUAAUUUCUUAGAACACUCACAUGAUGUGAUUCACUGGAACGAUUUCGUCGAACGCUCAAAUGAUGCGAUUCACUGGAACAAAUACGAGUCAUUUAUGGGGUAAUUCAAGUAAUCCUCGAUCACCCUUUGUAA